AUGACUCUUGAGGAAUUUGAGAAAGUAAUGGAGGAGAAGCGGAAAGCACUUCUUGCUUUGAAGAGGUCUGAGGAGAGGAAAGUUGAAAUUGAUAAGGAUCUGCAGGCUAUGGUGCUUGAUAAGGAUGCUUUGAAGAAGAAAGAAAAUGCUGAACGAGAGGAGCGUGCCAAGAAGUCUGUGAGCAUCAAUGAGUUCCUGAAACCUGCUGAGGGAGAAAGGUACUAUGGCGGCCGAGGACGCGGCGGCAGGGGGCGUGGUGACCGUGUAGGCUUCCGAGGUGGAUUCGGCGGGGGCUAUCAUGGCCCGCCGGCCGCUCCAGCUAUUCAAGACCAGAACCAGUUCCCAACUCUUGGUGGGAAGUGAAAUCUCAUGUUAUCUUGUCGUUGUUCUGCCAACCUUAAAUUUUGUUGGUUACCUUAUGUUUUUGUUCGACUUUUAUUAAAACAAAUAAUUGUGUUCGUGUGUGUGGAUCAUUCACCCUUGUGUCAGUCGACUAUGUAAAUCCAGAGUUGUUUGUCACUUGUCAGAGUUUUGUAGGCUGUUUUGUGCCCCUCACCAAUUCAUACAUGUUGCAGCCUUGUCAAUGUGAUACGACGAUCCAGCAGAUAUGCUGGUUAUUUGAAAG